AUGAGAAAGGCGAAGAAGGUGAGAAAGGAGGAGAUGGGGUUUUGUAAAGAAUCGUUGUUUCCGGUUCUCAAUGUUGAUUUCUCUCUCGGUAGCAGAAGGCGGCAAUCAAUGUUCCUCUCUAGCAGAAUAAUUGCUUGCAGGUCCCAUCCUCCCUAUAAGGUCUUCAUCAACCACCGUGGAUCGGAUACGAAGCGCAACAUUGCUGCCUUGAUUCACGAUCGUUUAGACAAUCUAAAGCUUCAAUCUUUCUUGGACUACAAGAGUAUGAAGCUUGGUGAAGAGCUAGAGGAGUCCAUUGACACUGCUAUACGGGAAUGUACAAUUGGGGUAACCAUCUUCUCUCCAAAUUAUUGCACUUCUGAUUCCUGUCUCAGAGAAUUGGUGUUGAUGAUGGAAUGCGAGAAGGUCAUCAUUCCCAUCUUCUUUGAUGUCGAGGCCUCUGAUCUUGUGAUUGUGGACGAUGGAAGAUUUCCGGAGGAAAAGUUGCAGAGGUUUAGAUGGGCGCUUAAGCUGGCCAAAAAUAGGGUGGGGAUCUCUUUUGAUUCGUGCAAAGGGGAUUGGUCUAUUCUGCUCAAAGGAGUUGCAGAAAGGGUAAUUGAGAUUUUGAUGGAAUUGGAGGUGAAAGAAAAAAUUAGAAGCGUCGAUGGAGACAAACCUCUUCCUCAGGUUGUGGUAGAUUAAGGUUACCAAAUGUCCAUCUCAGAACAGCCACAUCCCUCUCUCUCUCUCUCUCUCUGGUGACUGCCGAAUCUGGUCCCGACGUGUCUUCUCUGCUGGAUUUAUUAUACUUUCCUUUUUUAGGCAAUGUUUCAAGUCCACAUGGGUAUUUUGUUGAUUCUAUUGGGGCUAGAAUGAGACACAUGAGUUAGGGCUGUUUAACGCCCUAAAAAGUUUCGGGAUCUGUACUUUUAGGCCUUAUUUGUUUGUUUAGUCUGAAUCUGGAGACUUGGGGAGGCUUGAAGGAAAAGGAUGCUACUAUUUCGAAAGAGGAAUCUCGAUAUCUUCAGCGACAGGGCAGGUUUCGCUACUUUAGGAUGGUAGCAAGAGGUAGGUGAUCAUUUCUGCUGCUCUGCUCCGUCUGAGAUUGUCGCUCGACCAAGAUCUCCGCCCGAUCUCUGUUACGUCUCAUAUCUCUGCUCAACCAUCGGAUCUACUCGACCCAGCUCAGCCAUUGACCCUGCUCUUCAGUUGUUGAUUGAAGGAACAAAGGAAAGUUGGGGAUGUGAUCUUGCAGAACCCCAAUUGCUUCCUCUGCAACUCCGACUCCAUUUAUCCUGCCACCUGCGUUCCUCAGUUGCCGUAUUCUUGGUUCCUGCAAGUACCCAUUUCCAAUCCAGUGAAGAGGGUUUUGUUUCUACAGUUAUCUCUGAAGGGUCUCGACUUGGCCAAGGUCUCGACUCUGAAAAUCCCGUUGGUUGGGAAUGUCCAUUUUGGUCUAUCUAAAUAUCACGAUUUGUAGGGUGGAUGCUACUUAUUCAUAUGUUAAGCCCGGUGAGAGUGACCGGUAUUGCAAUUGUUGCUUCUGGUGCUACUGCAAAUUUGAAUAUGAAUUGGUUUUAUCCCUACAUCACCUGGCUUGUUACUGUUUCAGAUAAAGGUCACGCCUCAAUUCAGGUGUACGAUUGGGCAGGUAUGCCCAUACUCUCUCUCCCUCUAGCUUUUUUAUUUUUGGUUGUCUACCUAGUUAAUGUUCUCUCUCUCUCAUUUGUCUAUUUUGCAACAGUAGUUUGUUUCGGUGUUUUUGUCAUGUGGUAUUGAUGCUAACUUGCAAACUUUUUAAAUACUAUCCAA